AUGCGCUGCCGGCUAUCAGCGUCUAAACAGGUUCUUCUUCUCUUCGUUUCUCCCUCCGCCUCCGGUCUCCCUGCUCUAACAUCCAACCCAAUUGGCUUGACAACGUUAUGGGAGACGAUACUUGCUGACUUUCUCCUGUGCUAUCAUUAUCAUAGCUUGGUUGGGCGUCCGAUAGCUGCUUAUUAUUUCGGCUUGAUUAUUACUUGGGAAGUCGAUACCGAGGAGGGGGGAAAAGAAAAAGAAAACGAUCUGGAAGGGGCUUCUGGCAGGAAUCCUGCCUUUUUCGACUCAUUCGGGCAUCAUAAUUAA